AUAAAUGAAAUUCCUCUAUGGAUUUCAGGAACAUCAACAUCAAAAUACCAAUUGUGAUUUCCGAAGUUAUUGUUAAUAGUGUGGUUAUGUUUGUUCGUUUUUAGUAAAUAAUAUAAACUAUUGGUGUCUGGUGUAUAUUUAACAUUUGCUCUGGUUUGAAAAGGCUCAGCAAUGGCAGAAAUUGUAGAAUUGAAUUGUGAGGAAUCAAUUCCAGAAUUGGAAUCAAUGAUGUUACUUCUUUUUGAAAAAGAAGAAGUUCAAGCCAUAACAAACCAAAGAAAAGAUUAUGAGUAUAAAAUGCACAGGCAAGCAAAACGCAAAGAAGAUUGUAUGAAAUAUAUAAAGUAUGAAAUGCUGCUCAUGAAAACAAUCAAACUUCGUCAAAAGAAAAAAGGAAUACAAAAAAAUGCAAAGAUGACAAAUUUAGAGUUUUCUCUUGGUAGACGCCUGAAUAAAAUGUUCAUCCUCUCAAUCAGGUGGUUUCCCAAUGACAUCAAACUGUGGAUAACUUACAUCAAGUUCUGCAAGAAGAUGAACUUCUUUGCAGCGGCGAGUCGCAUUUUAGAGCAAAUGUUGGAACUGCAUGGAGGCUCUAGACCAGAACUAUUCAAAAUGGCAGCAAACUGGGAGCUGAAUGAGUGUAACUGUAUAGAAAAGGCAAGGAAAUACCUAAUGAUGGGGCUCCACUUGCACAAGGACUCCAAAAUGCUUCUCACUGAAGCAUUCAGGCUUGAGCUGAUUGAUGCUGACCGAAAUCGAAAAGAGUGCAUAGAAAAGAAGCUACCGCUGGAUCCAACAAACAAUCACUUAACUUCACGGAAAGCAGAGUUCAUUUAUGAUUGCUCUAUAAAAAAAUUACAUGAUGUAGAACUCAUGAAUGAUCUCUUAAACAUUUGUGGCCAGUAUGAUUUUGCAGUCAGGCUACAAAAUAAAUUGAACACUGAUCUAUUUGAGUAUGAAUCAGAUGAAAGGAUGUGGGAUAUUAUUGCUCAAAGAGAACUUAACAACACAGAAGAGAAGUUAACCCCCAAAGUGAAAAUAGGGAAGUGCGUGACUCUGUAUGACACAGCGGUGAAGCGCCUCAACACCCCCAAGAUGUGGGCUUACUAUCUGGACGCUCUGCUAGAGCUAGCGAAGGACAGCUCUGUGCUACCCAUCUACAAGCGGAAAUUGCUAAUGACUGCACUACAGAGGGGAGCCUCUGCUGGCAAACUCACAGAGAAAUACUAUCUCAUUUGGGUCAGUCACCUGCAGGGACCAGAGAAACACAAGAAGCUGGUGGAGGUACUGCAAGGGGCAGUCAAGAAGCUGCCAGAGUCUGUGACGUUGUGGCAUACAUUGCUGAGAGUACACCUGACCAAGGGAGAGGAGGUUCAGGCCAGUCAGGUGUUCGACCAGGGAGUGGCAGCACUCACAACACAGUCCCUGCCACUGUGGAAACUGAUGCUGCAGUUUGAACAGAUCAAACGACAUAACAAGAUUGAGGAGAUAUUCAAGAAGAGUUGGACCCAGUGUCCAGAGAUAUCAGGUCCACUCAAGCCCAUGUACCUCGAGUGGCUAGUACUGACUCAGGGCAUCGCCAUCGCUCGGAAAAUGUAUGACCAGAUGUGUGAAAUGCCUCCUCCUUGUCUUGAGAUGCACAAAAAGAUGGUGUACUUAGAAUCCAUCCAACCGACAAUGAACAUGAGGAGAAUCCGUCAGAGCUACACAAUUGCUUGUGCCCAGUUUGGCUUCUUGGAUGUGGAUGUGUGGAUGGACCAUUGCAAGUUUGAGAUCAACAGUGGAGACCCGGAGAGAGUUAGCGAGAUUUACUGGCGGGCUCGUAAAAACUUGUCCCCUCAACAGUUCGAGACAUUCCUCUCCGAGUUCAGCCUCAUACGCACCGUUCCUAUCCCUAAUCCUACGCCCUAACUCCAAAGAGUCUCUUUUGUACAUUAAAUAUCAAUUGUAUAUUUAUCUCACUUAAGGUUUUACGAUUAAUUAAUGUGGUAUAUAUAUAGCUAUAGCUGUGUUUUUGAUCACUGUUUAUGUUUUUCAUAUUUUAGUAGAAUUUAAAUAUAAUAAAUAUAUUAUGUGACUUAUUGAAAUUUUUAUUGUGUACACCAAUAAAGAGAUACCUAAUCUCUUGUACAUUUUAAUUUGAUGUUAAAAUUUAAUCAUGGUGUUGAAACAUGUAAAACUACUUUUGCCUUGUGACUUUCACAAUUAAAACUUUGUUAAGUUCGGAUUUAUUUUUUAUUUGAAUUUUGUUUAAAACUCAGUUAAGGAAACAUAUUUAAGUUAUAUUACUGUUUCUUUCUAUUCAAUUUCUUAAUAUAGUUAUCAAAGUAUGCAUCUUUGUUUUGAAAUAUCCAUCUGUAAAUAAUUGCUGUUACUUUAGUAAAAAGUAAAGAAACUCUGUACAUUUCAGAUUUUUAUCAAAUGUAUUUAUCUCAUUUAAGAUUUUACGACUAAUUAAUGUGGUCUAUAUAGCUAUAGCUGUAUUUUUUGUCCAUGGUUUACAUUUUUCAUAUUUUAGCAGAAUUUAAAUAUAGUAAAUAUAUUUUGUGACUUUUUUAAAUGCUUAAUAUGUACACCAAUGAAGAGAUGCCUAAUCUCUCGUACAUUUUAAUUUGAUGUUAAAAUUUAAUCAUGGUGUAUGAGAUGUAAAACUACUUUUGCCUUGUGCUUUUUACAAUUAAAACUUUGUUAAGUUUGGAUUUAUGUUUUAUUUUGAUUUUGUUUAAAACUCAGUUAAGGAAGCAUAUUUAAGUUAUAUUGCUGUUUCUUUCUACCCAAGUUCUUAAUAUAGUUUUCAAAUUAUGCAUCUUUGUUUUAAAAUACCCAUCUGUAAAUAAUUGCUGUUACUUUGGUAAAAAGUAAAGAGACUCUGUACA